AUGGCGGAAGAUAGAGCAGAGACUUUAGUAGAAAAUAAAGAUGACCCCAAAACUAGUAAAGAACAGUCCCAUAGCUUCAGCCAGGACCUCAGGGGGGCUCUGGUCACCAGUGUCCUAAACCUCGAGACACUGGAUGUAGACUUGUACAGAGGAACACAUCAUUGGGUCCCCAAGUCCCAACGGUUGUUUGGAGGUCAAAUAGUUGGCCAAGCUCUGGUGGCAGCUGCCAAGUCGGUCAACGAUAGUCUCUAUGCCCAUUCUCUUCACUGCUACUUUGUACGAGCAGGUGACCCCAAAGUACCAGUGCUGUACCAGGUGGACCGCACCAGAGAUGGCCGCAGUUUCUCUGUUCGCUCUGUCAAAGCAAUUCAACACGGAAAGCCCAUCCUUAUCUGCCAGGCCUCUUUUCACAUUCUGCAGCCCAGUCCAAUUGAACAUCAGUUCACCAUGCCUGUCGUGCCUCCGCCAGAAGACCUCCGAACAAUAGAGGAACUAAUACAAAUUUAUCUUAAUAAGCCGGAUCUUGCUGAAAACCUUAAACUGGGUCUCAAUAAACUGCUUGCUAAUGAGGUGCCCAUUGAAAUAAAGCCUGUUAGUCCACCAACAUUCAACAGAGCUUUUGCUACUGAGCCAAAGAUGGUAUUUUGGGUCAGAGCUCGAGGAUUUAUAGGAGAAGGAAACAUGAAGCUGCAUACUUGUGUUGCUGCUUAUGUAUCAGACUAUUCUUUCCUGAGAACAGCACUCCUGCCAUAUCCCAACCAAAGGGUGAUGUUCUCUGCCUCCCUAGACCACGCCAUGUGGUUUCACAGCACUUUCCGCAGUGAUGAGUGGAUGCUCUAUGAGUGUGAAAGCCCUUGGGCAGGGGGUUGUCGUGGUCUGGUCCAAGGCAAGAUGUGGAGAAGAGAUGGGGUCCUGGCAGCCUCUUGUUCCCAAGAGGGUGUUCUCAGAGUGAAGUCAGCCAAGCACAGCAGCAAACUGUAA